UGAAUUCAUAAUUACUCUCUUGGUUUCCCUCUUCUGUAUGGGUUGCCAUUGAUAACUUCGCUGGAGUCAACUUAUUGUGUUCACAUAAUGGUCAACAUCAAAGAAGGCAUCGCGGAGUUCAAGGUCCCUGGCCUGGACCAACCCUGCCAAACGUGGUACAAAAUUGUUGGCGAUCUAAACGCAUCGGUGACGCCUUUAAUCGUGAUACAUGGAGGUCCUGGAGCAUGCCACGACUAUCUAUUGCCCUUGACCGACCUUUCGUCGUCAUUGCCUUUAGUAUUUUACGAUCAAAUUGGAAAUGGGCGAUCGACGCACCUACCAGAAAAAGAUGGUGACGAAAAGUUCUGGUCCGUAGAACUAUUCAAGAACGAGUUAGACAACCUUUUCUUUCACCUUGGGCUCAAAGAACGAUCUAUCGAUGUCUAUGGGCACUCUUGGGGUGGAAUGUUGGCAGCCGAAUGGGCUGCUUCGCCCUCAAGUUCCUCAAACCUUCGACGUCUCAUCAUCUCCAGCAGCCUGGCAAGCAUGGAUGUAUGGAGGGUGGGCAUCACUGCGCUGAGGAAGAAGCUCCCCAAGGAUGUCCAAGAAGAGCUCGAUCGUGCUGAAGAGAAGAAGGACUUCGAAGACCCGAAGUAUGAAGCUGCCAUAGAGGUAUUCUACAAGAGACACCUGAGCCUGGCUCGGCCGUGGCCAUCGGAAGAGGUUCAAGCUGCACUCAACUGGUUUGCGAAGGACCCAACAACCUAUGGUACAAUGUAUGGUCCGAGCGAGCUAUACAUCUCCGGCUCUCUUCGCGAUUGGAGCUGCAUCCCGCUCUUGAGCGCCAUUAGCGCCCCGACUCUUUUGAUCAACGGAUCCGAGGAUGAAGCUCAGGAUGUUGCCAUGCAACCUUUCUUCGACCAUAUUAAAAGAGUAAAAUGGGUUACGCUAGACGGUGCCGCUCAUUUCUCUCAUGUUGACCAACGAGAGAAGCAUAUGCAGCACGUUGCGGCUUUUCUGACGGGUUAAAUUCACGAUGCCAGUGCGGGGAUAACUGGAGUACAGAAUCAAAUCAUGAUUGAAUUAUGAUUAUGAGUUUAUUAUCCAACCAGACUUGGUCUACGGGGUGCUUCAUUCAUGAUGUUAAUAAUUUGGUUAUAUAAACCGACGGCUGGCGAUUUGAAAGUAAACCGUUAAAUUAAGGUUGAAAUUAUAGUGAGUUUGGUGAUGCUUCUGCUGUAAUCACACCGCUUUUAAUUGUUAAGUUCCCUGUAAGAAUAGCGUUGCUCAGUGCUAAAUUUGCUUAGGUAAUAACAGCUCGCAACGGCUCAAUGACGGCUAC